CCGGUUUUCUCCGCUCGUCCUUCCCCCCUGUACAGCUCCACUACCAGGCUGGAGUCUCCGGCAGCACGGCGCGCAACACAACAGACUGACAGCUGCGACUGACUCAAACCGAGGGGGGAAAGAUGGAGCACAGAGGCGCCGACUUCAACAUACUGCUAGCGACCGACUCGUACAAGGUAACGCAUUAUAAACAGUAUCCCCCCAACACGAGUAAAGUGUACUCCUACUUCGAGUGCCGCGAGAAAAGGACAGAUCCCACCAAAAGCCGAAAAGUCAAAUAUGACAAAACCGUCUUUUAUGGUCUACAGUACAUCCUCCACAAAUACCUAAAAGGAAAGGUAGUGACUCCAGAGAAGAUUCAGGAGGCGAAGGAGGUAUACAGAGAACACUUCCAGGAUGAUGUUUUUAAUGAGAAGGGGUGGACUUACAUUUUGGAGAAAUACAACGGACACCUGCCCAUUGAAAUCAAGGCAGUGCCAGAGGGGAGCGUCAUUCCUCGCGGCAAUGUUUUGUUCACAGUGGAGAGCACAGACCCUGAAUGCUACUGGCUCACCAACUGGGUGGAGACCAUCCUGGUUCAGAUCUGGUAUCCCAUCACUGUGGCGACCAACUCCAGAGAACAAAAGAAGAUCCUCGCCAAGUACCUCCUCGAGACCUCUGGGAACUUGGAGGGAUUAGAGUACAAACUACAUGACUUCGGCUACAGAGGCGUGUCCUCACAAGAGACUGCAGGCAUCGGAGCCUCCGCCCAUCUCGUCAACUUCAAGGGCACAGACACAGUCGCCGGCAUCGGAGUCAUUAAGAAGUACUACGGCACCAAGGACCCUGUGCCAGGCUUCUCAGUGCCUGCUGCUGAGCACAGCACCAUCACAGCGUGGGGCAAGGACCAUGAAAAAGAUGCCUUCGAGCACAUCAUCAAGCAGUUUCCCAGCGUGCCCGUAUCCAUAGUCAGCGACAGCUACGACAUCUACAACGCCUGCGAGAAGAUUUGGGGGGAAGACCUACGAUCGCUGAUAGAGACGCGCAGCGCCGACGCCCCGCUGGUGGUCCGACCGGACUCAGGAAACCCGCUCGAUACAGUUUUGAAGGUUUUGGAGAUUCUGGGUAAGAAGUUCCCUACAGAGGAGAACUCUAAAGGUUUCAAGGUUCUCCCUCCCUACAUCAGAGUCAUACAAGGAGACGGAGUCGAUAUCAACACGCUGCAAGAGAUAGUGGAGGGUAUGAAGGAACACAAGUGGUCCAUUGAGAACAUUGCCUUUGGGUCUGGAGGGGCUCUGCUGCAGAAACUGACCAGGGAUCUGCUCAACUGCUCCUUCAAAUGCAGCUAUGUGGUCACCAACGGACUGGGGGUGAAUGUGUUCAAGGAUCCAGUGGCAGACCCCAACAAGAGGUCAAAGAAAGGACGUCUGUCUCUACACCGGACACAGAGUGGAGACUUUGUCACCCUGGAGGAGGGCAAGGGCGACCUGGAGGAGUAUGGAGUGGACCUCUUGCACACAGUCUUCCAGAACGGGAAGAUUGUGAAGACGUACACAUUCGACGAAGUCAGAGACAAUGCUAAGCUCAAAGAGAGCGAGCUUGAAGAGCUGCUGCACUGAGUGCGGUCCCACUAAAAACCCCCACAUACUAUCCAAAACCCCCAUCCCACCCAAAACAACCCCUCCUCUUCAACCCUUCACCUUUUGGCCUCCAGUAUCACCCUAGAAAACGGAGGUAGUGUGCACUGCUAAUAGACCCCACUUCCAAAGCCUGAGAAAAGUUCCUAAAAACCUGAGAGCCCCUUAAAAAAAAAAAAGAUGGAAUUCACCCUCAUUUCCAAAAUGCUGUUUGUGGGGAAUGAGAGAUUUGGAAACACGCACCUCAGAUCAAUGGCAAACAUCUCAUAAGUGUUAGGGGAGGAGGGUUAUGAAAGAGAAGGUAUUGAAAGCAGCAGAAACGACAGAUACGUAGAGGGAGUGGAGUCACGACUGUGACGUUUAAACCCGUGCAGUCACGUCUUUGUGCUGCUGCCCCAAAUCGAACUUCAACAUGUCGCACUGAUAAGAGUGUAUUGCAGUUUAAAUGAAUGUGAUUGGCUGGCUGCAGGCGGAUGACGUGUCGGCAAGAUGUUUCCAUGCUGACACACAAGCUAAUGAGACGAUUGUAGGGGGUUGUUGUUUUUUUUUUUUUUGAAUGAGCUUUGGGCGGCUGCAUGCAGAGUGAACCCGCGGCGAGUCGACGUGAUCACGACAGAGCGAAAAUUCGAAGCCACACCCACUCUAAUGACUGUUCCCCCGUGUAAUCUGUACAGAUCUGUUUAGAAAAACCAAUACAUGUCUGAAUCUACUUAGCUUUGUCUUUUAUGUGAAGGAAGAAAGUGAUGAUCGCGGUAUAAUAGCGGUGCACCGGUAACAUUGACAAACAGCAGUUUAUAUAUUUGCUUUCGACCUGAAAAUCAUGAAUACUCUAACUAUGGGUAAUGAAGGAAUUCAUUUUCCUCUGAUUUCUCGCUUUAAUGAGGGCCAAAUUAUAAAAGGCCAGUGUUUAUCAAAUACUACCUGAAUAACAUGUACUCUCUUUCCGCCGGCAAAAAAAAAAAAAAUGUUACCGGUGCAUCUUUGAAGGUGUGUAAACGAUCAUCUCCUUGCCAUUAUGUUGCCCAUGUUGCGUUCCCAUCAUGAAGGUCCAAUCCGCGGUUUAAUCACACCACAGAACACAUGUAAGGAAGGUUUGUCCGCUCUUAACGUCAGCUUUUAAAUGUCGGUUGAAUUUUCACAUAGGUUUGAUAUAAAUAUGUGCGAGAAUCUCAUUUUAAUCAGUUGUUUCACUGUUUUCCGAGUCCUGAAGAUUAAUUUUUCUAACAAAGUCUGGGGUUGUUUUGUUUGUUUGUUUGUUUUCCGGGGAGGGGAAGGGUUGGACCUUUAUGAUGACGAAUGCCAAGUCUAUGCUGUGUAAGACCAAGAGAAGAUGUAAAAAAAAAAAGAAAAAGAAAAAAAAAAAACAUUGCAGAAAUUCUUCUUCACUGGAAUGAAGAUGAUAUGUGUUUAUGAAAGAUUACAUACUGUGUGUGGCUCCUGGGUUGAAAUGUGUAUUUAGUGUCGGUUCUGAUGUGUGUGUGUGUGUGUGUUUGUGUGUAUGCGUGUGACAUUUUCUUCCUUUAAAGGACAGUGUAGUAUUCCUUUAUGCAAAUGUGCUUGUCGAUCGGGGCGGGGAGGGAGGGAGGGAGGGGAAUAGAGAACACUCUUACUUUGCUGGCCUUUUUUUUUUAUUCAGAGAGGAGACACAGCGUUGUGACGGGCAGAUGUAAAAGCAACAAAGAGGUUCCUGACACUAACCAACCCUGCAUCGGUAGCUGGUGGGGCGUAGUUGACCGGUCAGCGAAGCGUUGCCCUUAGCAUCACUGCCUUAACUCGUGGAGGAAAAAAAACUUGAGGUGUUUCCCGGAAGAAGUGUGGUUGACGCACUGUAUCGGGGAGCACUCUUGUUUUGAACCCCACCUAUAAAUGCUCGCUAAUGCCUUCCUCUGGGUUAAUUAUCUUCCCGUUCAGAGCAUCUUAGCAGAGUGUCGCUCCUGUUUUCCGGGGGUUGUGAUGGGUGCUGAGUUUUUUUCUUUUCUUUUCAGAGCGAAGGGGACUUUUCUGUCGCAGGGCUGGGAGGGGGAGUUCAGGAGCUGGUGGCAUCACAGGAAGAGGGGUAUUGUGGAGGUGAAAAACUGUUGGAUUGGAUGAUAUUUUAUACACUUGAGAUUAACAGAAUCCAUCACUCUUCUCAUGAGGCUGAGUGUCUCAUCAGCCAUUGGGUGGAUCACCAUGAUAUACGGUUGUCACGUCCCACUAAUGACAUUCCCGUUAGCCUCAGCUACACUUUGUGUUUAGUCGAACUGCAACAAUUAUUCAACUAGCUGUCAACUAAAAAAAAAAAAAAA